UAUUUUACAACAUUUUGCCUUGGCGCAAGAGCAACGUGGAAGAUAAGUUAGGUCUAGAUUUAAUACAGCCUCAAACGUGACGUCACGGGGUCCACGUUUGUAGCAAGAUGGCGGCGCUGAGCAUGUCUGUAGGGAGAGCAGUAGUCUUCCUAUUGGCCAUAUCUUCUGUUGCAAGUUUCUAUGUGCCCGGUGUUGCACCGGUCGAGUUCAGGAAAGGAGAUGUUGUCGAUGUCAAGGCAGUGAAGCUGACCAGUGUGAGGACUCAGCUGCCAUAUGAGUACUAUUCCCUGUCAUUCUGUCCUCCACCUAAUGGCAUCAAUCACAAGGCAGAGAACCUGGGUGAGGUCUUGCGAGGAGAUCGUAUCGUCAACACACCAUACAGAGUAAACAUGGCCCAGAAUAUCUCCUGCGAGACACUGUGCAACCACCCUACCAGUCCAUCCAAACCGAUGCAGAUAAGUCAGAAUGGUGCAGCCGAUUUCAUUGACAAGAUCAAACAUGACUACUUUGUCCAUCUAAUUGUUGAUAAUCUGCCGUGCGCAACCAAAUUUGAACUGCUUGACAGCAAAGAAGUCCAGUACGAGCAUGGCUACAAACUUGGAUAUGAGACUGGAAAUGAGGUGUACCUCAACAACCAUCUGCGACUUAUCCUCAAGUUCCACACUGAUGAUGACAUCGUAUUCAGAGUGGUUGCAUUUGAAGUGGAACCACGGAGUAUCAACAAUGGAGAACUAACUGUUGAUGAGAAGGGUGUUUGUAAGCAGAAGAACCUUGACAGAAAACCUGCCCCCCAGAAAAUCAACACCCAAGGUGUGACGGACGUGGUGUUCACGUACGAGGUGAACUGGGUGAGGAGUGAAAUUCGCUGGGCCUCCCGCUGGGACACCUACUUGUCCAUGAGUGAUGUCCAGAUUCAUUGGUUCUCCAUCGUCAACUCCGUCGUUGUCGUCUUCUUCCUCUCAGGUAUCCUGACAAUGAUCAUGGUUCGCACCCUACGCCGGGAUAUUGCCAAAUACAAUAAAGACGAGGAUGUGGAUGAGACUAUCGAAGAAACGGGUUGGAAGCUUGUCCAUGGUGACGUGUUCCGGCCUCCACGGAAGUCGAAGAUCCUUGCAGCUCUGGUCGGCUCUGGCAUGCAGAUCUUCUUCAUGGCUCUCAUAACUAUAUUUUUCGCCAUGCUGGGGAUGUUGUCUCCGGCUUCAAGAGGAGCUCUCAUGACUGCUGCCAUCUUCUUGUUCAUGUUCUCCGGUUUAUUUGCUGGCUAUUUCUCAGCCCGCAUCUACAAAACCUUGAAAGGUCUCCAGUGGAAACAGGCUGCGUUACAAACUGGCCUGCUGUUCCCUGGAGUUGUGUUUGGUAUUUGUUUUCUCCUCAACUUCUUCAUCUGGGGCAAGCAUUCGUCCGGCGCUGUGCCGUUCACGACCAUGAUAGCGUUGCUGUGUAUGUGGUUCGGCAUCGCUCUACCGCUUGUGUUCCUGGGAUACUACUUCGGGUACCGCAAACAGCCCUAUGAGCACCCUGUCCGAACCAACCAGAUCCCCAGACAGGUGCCCGAGCAGACCUGGUACAUGAACUCCUUCCUCGGAACCCUGAUGGCAGGUAUCCUGCCUUUUGGAGCUAUGUUCAUAGAACUCUUCUUUAUCUUCACUGCCAUCUGGGAGAACCAGUUCUACUACCUGUUUGGUUUUCUCUUCAUUGUGUUCAUCAUCCUCAUCGUCUCUGUUUCCCAAAUCUCCAUCGUCAUGGUCUACUUCCAGCUGUGUGGCGAGGACUACCACUGGUGGUGGAGAUCGUAUGUUGUGUCCGGAGGUUCUGCUUUGUACAUCUUUGCUUACUCUGUAUUCUAUUUCAUAACGAAGCUUGAGAUCACGGAGUUCAUCCCCACGCUGCUGUACUUUGGUUACACUGGAAUCAUUGUGCUCACCUUCUGGGUGCUGACUGGCACAAUCGGCUUCUACGCAGCCUACUGGUUCAUCCGCAAGAUAUACGCUGCCAUCAAGAUAGAUUAAGGGUUGUAAUUUUAGGUGUAUUCUAACUUUGAAUGAGGUUAUGUGUGGUCAAGAGUGAGAGGCGUAAUCUUUCCGUGUAUUCGGUGAGGAAAGAGGUGAUGACACUCCUACAUACGGGGCUAUUUUAUUGUGGUGAUGUUACAAAGGUAUUUUUAUUGGAUUUACUGGAAAAUAUUGUGUUCUUUGAAAUGCAUUGUGCACAAUAUUAAUCCAUCUUUUCAUUUUUAGAAGAUAAUCCUGGUACGAGGUCUCCUUAUAUCCUUGAAAUACCCUGAACAAUGUUAUUUCCAUCUCUCUCCGCCAGACCCUAUGAAAAAAAGAUAUUUUGUGAAAUGAUUUUGAUAAAUAAAUUGAAUUUAUUCAUAUUUAUUUGAUUUGUAAUCUGAAAAUCAGUUUUGUUUCAAGAAAAAUCAAUUGGUAGUUAUUUAACAGCUAUAAGGAAUAUUUGGACCAUUAUGUGAACAAAUAUCUUACAGUAAUGAAAGCCUUCGAGCUUGUGGUGUAAUUAAUGUUUAUACUGUAUUAUAAAACACUGUCCGACAUACUGUGUACAUAUCUGUGUAUAUAUAAGUGUUUCAUUAGCAGAUCAAUAUUUCAUUGUGAUUAAACAGAAAGUGCUUCUAGAUAUAUAUAUCCUGUUCAUUUGAGACAAAUGCACAAAGUAAUUAAAAAAGGUUUACUAACUUGAAAUAUACAGCGUUCAUGAUAGUGUAUUAAUUGGGAAUUUGGAAAAAUGGUGUUGCAUGAAAGCUUUGGUGCUAUCAUUCAAAGUAUUCUAUACUUAUUUACAAAAUUGAAACAGGGAUUUACUGGGGUAAAGGUAUGUAGGAUGUGAGAAGGUCCUGCCUGCAUCAUUAGACAAAGAAUGCUGGUGGCAGACCAUACAGCAAUCUAGCAGACUUGUUCCCUUGUAUUCCACACAUGCACCCUUGGAAAUAGCUUUUAGCACAGAGGAGCUAGCCAAUCUCAAUAGUUCAUGCUUCUUAAGCUUAAACUAAUGACCUCCAUAUAUAAAUGAAAAUGCAAUGUCAUGAACAAUUAUUACCUGUAAAUGGGUGAGGAAUACAUAUGUGUAAUGUGUUUUACUGUUUGAUUUUGGAGAGCCACUUGUUUUUUCUUACUCUGGGGUUAAUAGUGGUAAUAUGUUGGGUUUAUGUUAAACUCAAAAUCCUCCAGUUCUAGGUUUCAAGAAUGCUUGUAGACAUUGCAUUUAUGAAGUCACUAUUCACGCUUUGUCAAGAUGGUUCAGAUGAUUUUCAGGCAGUCCUAAUAUAUAUACAUUGUAUUCAUAGGCUUUAGUCAGUUUUAUUUUGUUUUUUGUGGGUGUGAAAUAUUUAAGGAAAUCUUAUUCAAUAAUUGAUGUAUUUAUUUAAUUCCAAGCAGCUUCAUUUUGCUAUAUCCCUGGUAUGUGUUGAUUCUGACAAGUAUUCCUUCAUAAAUAGAAUCAUUCUUAUACUCCUUCUUGUGGUUUAACCAUUUGUUAAGAAUGCGCAUAAUUUAACAAGUUAGCUCCAGGUAUGUAGCAAGACAUCCUGUCGUCAGUGGCCCUCUGAACGCAUCCCAUUCUGCAUAGCAAGCUUUGAACUUCAUGCAUCAUCAUCAUCAUCAUCAUUUAUUUAUGUUCGUCUUGUUUACAUAUGUUAUGUAACCUUGUUUUUGUUUUGAUUCAAAAAUGUUUUUAACCAUAAGAGUUUUGUUAAAAAACUUCAGUUUGUUAGCGGAGUCCUAUUUAAUUAUUGUAAACUUGGUCGAGGCCAGUUAGUUUCUCAGACUGUCUGUCAUGUUUAGCACCACUGCCAACAGUUUGUGUUAAUAUUUCCUAGAAUAUGUUUAUGAUCAGUUAAAUAUUCCACAACAUAGACUGACUGAAACCAAAUUAGCUAUUCAACACUGUGUUUUUAUUAGUUUUGAAUAUUUGCGCACAGAAUCUUUUUCUUCUGGAUUGUAUGUGAGAUUAUUAUUAUAUGCUACUCAAAACAAGUUAAGGAACACCCACAUAGGGGUAGAUUUAACACAAUUUGUAUGGCGCCAGCAGGGCUUGCUCCUUUUAAAGGGUACUGGCCCUUCUCCGAACUAACUGGCCUACAACUAAAUGGUGGAGUCUGCGAAGUGGCCCAACCUGUGGUCACGUAGCCACCUGGCAGGGCUCUGAACAGUUUAGAACUCUUCACCGUUUCAUCCUGCAUUCCGAGAUAAAAACAAAAGUGAGAUUACAAAAUGGCAGCCAGUUGUCAAUCUACCGAGAGGAUCCAAUUAAACAAAUUAAUCAUGUACGGAGAAGGGGUGAAUUUUUACUAGCCUGAUGGGCCAUUUACUUUACGUUUCAGCAAGCCCUUUGUAGUUUUUUCUGGCCAAGGGCCAAUGGACCAGCAGUUAAGUCGACCCCUGCCCCUGAAGACUUCAUGUUGCAUACCCAUCAGCCAUGACAGAUUAGCUAUAGUUAUAUGAAAAAUUCAGGUGUUCUUUAACUUCUUUUGAGUAGCAUAUAUGUUUAUAAUAGGUGAGGAAAUAUAUUAUUAUUUCUAAUAAUACUGUAGACUUGAAUGUAGACUUGUUUGGAAUUAUAUACUAGAUUUCAUGAUGGUUUGUGGAUGUGGAACUGUCCUCUUGCCAGAGGGCAACUGGUUAUAAUAUUCUUGCCCGGCGCCAAGAUUAAUGGUCCAUGGAUUUUAGUCCCAGCCACCUUUCAAGUUAUAUGUUGGUCCUUAUCAGAUGAAAUCAGCUUAAUGACAUGACGGACAAUAUUUAGGUGUAUUACAGUAGACCAACAAGUAAAUCAUGACACAAAAUCACUACAUCACAGACAAGUGGAAUGACUUGAAUAAUAUGUGGCCUGUCUGGAUUCCACUGUUGAAAAAUUUGAUGUUUGAAAUUUGUCCACAAACUUUAAGAUCAACAAUCUACUUGUCAGGUUGUCAUGGUUACUGAAUUGUGCAAGUAGGUUUUCAGCUCCCCUGAGAAUAAAGGUUGUUAUGAUCAAUGUUAAAUGGUGAUUAUAUCCGAUAUCAAGAUUGUUCAGCCAGCUAGCAGUUAACAAGGCCUGCAAUAUGGGUCUGUGUGUGUGUGUGGGGGGAACGUGAUAUAUAGUUAUGUUCACGACAGCAUGACAUUUCAUUGAUUGAUCUUGUAUAUUUUGAUUGUCAAGUUAUUUGACUAAUUUAAGGGAUACUCAUCAUGUGACACAGCCCUCAGCACGGAAGUGUCAUGUGUUUGUAAAUAGAAAUUACGAAUCAUCGAUGUUUGUGAUCUUGUUUAUCUGUGAAGUAAUUAUGUAACCUGAUAUUUUUUCUGCUGUUUUGAAAAAAAACCACUUUAACAUUUGAUUACUUGGUACUUAAAUUCAUGAAUUUGUUUUACCUCAAAUUUCCUGUUAUAACAUCUUUGGGUGAAAAACACAAAUAUAUUUAAAACUGUUAUCUGUAUGAAAAGCUACCAUUUGUAAGACAUUGAUUAGAUUAGAUUUAAAAACAAGCAAUUAUGAGCUGAAACUGGGGAUAAGACAUAAGCUAAUAUAUCUUGAGUGAAAUGUGAAUAAGUGCUGGAAAUUACCCUUGAGGCAGUUUCUGCCAUUGUACACCAUAUGUUAGCCAUGUUAGAGGAUUGUAGUCGCACACCUUUAUGUUCAGUUCAGUGUUUCAUUACAAGUUUCCAUUUCAUUCUCUGUAAGUAUGUACGUAUGCCUGUCAGGAGCAUGUUAAUACAGUUCACCUGUCUUUGGAAACUAGCAAUGUAUAUAUUUGAAGGUAUCACUAUGAGGAUGUACUAUCUAUCUUUGCAUCCAUGUUUCCUUGGUUUGGGGAACAUGAAUGGCAACUUGAGGGAAAUAAACUUGUAUUUUCUA